AUGAAAGAACCCUCCUCGCCAUUGGCUUUGCAUGGACAUCCCUGUUUGGAUUUGCAAACUGAUUUUGGUGCAAAGGAAUCAGAGGUCGUCGCGCUUUCACCUCCGAUUUCAAUUAUCCACUCAUCCGACAACGGGGAAUGUUCUACUUUUUCUCCAAGACAGCUUCUCAAGAGGGAGUUGAUAAAAACGGCGUUUAUUCUGGCCCUUACGUUUCUCUGUGUAUAUCUAAUGAUGCUGGAAAUGGUGUUUAUUGACAAUCGAUCGCUUGAUUAUGUUUAUGGCGUCACGCUACCAUCCCAGUGGCUAUCCUUUGCUGAAGCAGUGGCAAAGGUAAAUGCAGCCACUAAUGACGAAGGCCCAUUUCCAAUUGCAUUGGUAAGGCCUAGCUUUGGUGGCGUUGGAUACGAAACGGUUUUUAAUUCAUUUCCUUCUGAAAUGAAUAUUUCCUCCGUGUACAAUGGAGGCAUCCUGCUUCCAAUGGAUGUUGUUAUCAGCACAACGCAAAAUAUGUACAUCGAAUGGCGUGUGGUGGCCGAUACUCUUGCUGCUAUCCUGCUUGUGCUUACAAUGGUCUUUAUACUUGCGGUUCCUUUUCUUUGGAGACGGAAGACUGCUAUUUUUCCCGUUAGAGGCCUUGUGUUGGGCUUGACAAUUCUGCCACCGGGAUCCCUUGCUUGUGUGCCAAAGCUACGCUACACGUUGUGGGAGAAGCUCAUGGCGCCUAUUCUGCUAAUGGCUGGCUUUGAGGUGUGUUGCUACGAUUUCAUGUACUCUGGACAUACGUCACUUACCACUGUGUUGGUGUGGUUCUGGAUCUUAUACUUUCCCGGCGUGUUUGUCAACUUUAAACCGCGCAGGGUAGUUAUUACGCUGUGCGUGGGGCUUUUUGGCGCCCUAUUGGUUUUUUUGAUGAUUUUCUCAUUGACCAUUUCUCGGCUUCACUAUUCCAUUGACGUCGCGCUCGGGCUGUUUAUUGGCUCUGCCGCGUUUUGGUCGUGGCAUACUACACUUUGUUUGUAUCAAUACCAGCGAAUGCUAAACAUCGAAGAGCCCGGUAGGAACCGCGCAUUCAACUGGAUUGUUAGAUUGGUUGGCUGGAUGGAUGGGAUCGAAAAAGAGCUUCUACCAUCUUGCCUUCCACAAGAUAAUAUUACAACUCAAGAGCGGUUUAUUAUUCACGUAGCAGGCGAAAAGGAGCUGCGCGCAAUUGCCAAUUCAUCGGCUACGUCAAGAAUGGCAUCAAGUGCAAAGUCGAGAUCCUCUUUGGAGUGA